UGUAGUGACUAUACAACAAAAAACUUGCUUAGUUAUUUUUAUAUUAAAAAUUAUAACUAUACAAAUAUUAAUGAUGUACACGAAAAUUGUUUUUGUAUUUACACUAUUUGUAGCAGUUUGUUUCGCGAGAAACUCGAUGCCCGACAAAACGGAUGACAACUUUCAAAACGAUUGCCUCCAAUCGAGUAAUACAUUCCGUGCUAAACACCAUUCACCCGGCUUUAAAGUGGACCCUGCUGCUGUAGCAUACGCAAAGUCCCGGUGCGCACUGAUCUCACAGUACCCUGGUCUAUCCCAUGGCCAUGCCGGGCUAAAGGACUAUGGUGAAAACCUAUAUUGGGCUGGUAACUCGCAAGAUGUUAUGGGUAAUUGUCAAUCGGCUAUAAAUUCAUGGUAUAACGAAGUGUCCCAGUACAACUAUGACACCACUGGUUUCUCGGGUGCCACUGGCCAUUUUACCCAGUUAGUUUGGAAAUCUACUACUAAUGUCGGUUGUGCUAGAUGCUACGGUAAAGAGCCUGGUGGUCAAUGGUACGAGACAUAUGUGGUUUGUAAUUAUAAACCAGCUGGCAAUAUUGUGGGCGACCAGAAUAAAUGGUUCAAGGAGAACGUGCUAAGACCCUGA